CAACCAUCGGCCAGCAAAAAUUUCGCGAAAAGGUAAUGCCGAUAAUUACCCGGCCGGUAUGCGAGGCGGUCUCUCCGCCCGGCCCCACGCGGGGUUUGCCUGGGAGAUGCAGGUACCGUGACCGUAUUACGCGGCGAUGCCUCGGCCGAACAGCACGUGAGGUCAGGUGACCCUCUUGUGGUUCAAUCACCCGCGCUAGUCCCAUUGCAGUAAUCCCCCACCACGAAAAAAGACUCCACCCUGAGAUUCGCAGUCGAGAAUUCAUUAUUCGGUGCGCAUCUGAUCACCAUGGCGGAAGAAGACAAUCUUGACACGGCGGCCAUGUUCGAGGACCCCGAGGGCUUCUAUGAACCCGAGCCCGAGCCCACCUUUGCAGAGCAUCACAUGCUCUCCGGCCAAAAAGUGCGCGUGCGCCUCGUUGGUAGUCAUCCUCUCUACGGAAACCUUCUCUGGAACGCCGGCCGAACCAGCUCCCACUACAUCGAGGAACGCGCCAGCACACUUAUUGAGGGGAAGGAUGUUCUCGAAAUCGGUGCCGCCGCCGGUGUCCCGAGUAUCGUCAGCGCCAUUCUGGGCGCCCGCACCACCGUGAUGACCGACUACCCGGACCUGGAUCUGGUCCAAAACAUGCGCUACAAUGCCUCGUUGGCUGAGCCUCAGAUCGCGAACCCUGGCUCCCUCCACGUUGAUGGAUAUAAAUGGGGAAAUCCGGUAGAGCCGCUGCUUGCGUGCCUGCCCGCUGGUGCGACAGGCUUUGAUGUGCUUAUCAUGGCAGAUGUGGUGUACAGUCAUCGCGAGCAUCCCAAUCUGAUCAAGACGAUGCGGGAGACCAUGAAGCGGACCAAGGAGGCCGUGGCGUUGGUGAUCUUCACGCCAUAUGAGCCAUGGCUGUUGCCCAAGACGGAGAAGUUUUUCCCGCUGGCGGAGGAGAAUGGCUUCAAAGUAACGAAGGUGUUUGAGAAGCUUAUGGAUGAGGUGUUGUUCGAGAAUGACCCAGGUGAUGAACGUCUAAGAAGGACGGUCUUUGGAUAUGAACUUCACUGGGCAGAGGAGGAAUUGAAUUAGCAUACUGGCGAUGGAGGAAAUGGACGAGGUUAUGAGUCAUGACUCGCACUGAGAUGUGUAGACAAAUAGACACGCCUACAAUAAAAGUCGAUUAUAUUAGCGAUCAAAUGCAAAUAGACAGGGCAAUAUCUGCUUCCGAG